AUGACAGUAACACAAAGAAUGCCAGGGUUUCUGCCCACAUCUCUGGAUGUGUUUUGGUCUGCAUUUUCCUCCUCCUACGCUUACCUGCCUUGCCUCAUCCCAUCUGUCUCCUCCGCCGGUCUGAAGGAGCUUACACGCUCCGCUCAGCAACAGAUCGAGGCAGCUACAUCCUCACCAAAUGUCAUCUUGCAAGCUUUUCCCCAGACUCCUUCAUGGAGAGAGGUUUUUCGUGUACUCACAUGUUAUGGGGGGGUGGAGCUACUGCUGGUCCUGUGGGGCCUGGAUCUCUCCCAGCCCUGCCCUCGUCACUGCAUCUGCUACACCUCGCCCAGCACCGUUUCCUGCCAGGCCCACAACUUCCACGCCGUGCCCGAGGGCAUCCCCGCUCAAAGCGAGCGGGUCUUCUUACAAAACAACAAGAUCCAGCGGCUCCUCCGAGGCCACUUCUCGCCCACCACCACCAUGCUGUGGCUGUACUCCAACAACAUUUCCUACGUACAGCCGUCCACGUUCCACGGCUUCGACCGGCUGGAAGAGCUCGACCUGGGGGAUAAUCGGCACCUGAAGGCCGUCGCCUCGGACACCUUUAUGGGUCUGGGUCGGUUACACGCCCUGCACCUGUACCACUGUGGCCUGAUCAGCCUGCCUCCAGGGAUCUUCGCAGGCCUGCAUAAUCUCCAGUAUCUCUACCUACAGGAUAACAAAUUAGAGUUCUUAGAGGAUGAUUUAUUCAUUGACCUUCUGAACCUAAGUCAUCUCUUCCUGCAUGGAAAUCGACUUUGGAGUCUUCGCCAAAACACCUUCAGAGGACUGGGGGUCUUGGAUCGACUCCUUCUGCACCAGAACCGAAUCCAGUGGGUUGAUCGGCAAGCUUUUCAUGACCUUCGGCGCCUCACCACGCUCUUCCUGUUUAAUAACUCCAUCACCGAGCUAUCCGGUGUCACCCUGAUGCAGCUGCCCGCCCUGGAGUACCUGCGUCUGAACGACAACCCUUGGGAAUGUGACUGCAAGGCCCUAUCACUCUGGGACUGGCUACAGAGGUUUAGGGGCUCCACCUCCACUCUGAUCUGUGUUUCUCCGCCGGAGCUGGCAGGAAAGGACAUGAAGAAUGUGAAGAAGGAAGAGCUACCCAGCUGCUUGUCAAAUGAGGGCCACGGAAGAGGUACCUCAGGAGGGGAGAUGGAGCAUGGAGACUAUUUAAACCAACUGAACUGCCACAGAAACCAUCCCAACCAUCAUCAGCAGCCUUACCUGCCGCAUGGGGACCAGCACAAUGUGCUUUCACCUUCACCCCAGCCGCGACCGCCAAAGGGAAGCCGCAAAAACUGUACCCGCCGGGGCCGCAAGGCAAAAGUGGGGCUCAAUGAGGUGCAGGUUCUUCAGCAUGGGGUUGAGAAGGACUACUCUCCAGACGGAGAUAAAUACGACAUGUCUGGAUCCUCAAGAAGGAGGAACAAGUGCAUCCCCAGAACUUCUGUUGGUCCACCAAGUGGAGUCCAGAGAGCUAAUAAUAACACAGGGUCCCACUCAGCAGUAUACAUUCCCUGUUUGUCAUCAGCUCUGCUUCUGUCAAUCUAUUUUGUGAUCCUGCGCUGAAUCAGGACCAGGACACUCGUGUGCUUAUGAUGCAACCUUAUGAUUAAUGCUCCUAAAAAAACACCCUGUUCUGGCUAUUUAAGGAGAUAUAUAUGGAUAACCAAGUGUGUACUUGACACUGUAUUGAGAACAUUAUGGAGUAUUCCUGUGGUAAAAAUGCAAGAACCUUCCUUAAGUCAAAAAAUGGAGUCAGGGAAAACAGUUUAGCCCAUUGUUUUGAUGAUGUCAGCAUAGAAACAACAGGGAAACUUCUGUCUCUUUGGCAUCAGUCACUUCAUCAAAAUUAUGUACUCAUGACAACUGUACAGCCUCAUGAAAUAAUGAGCCAAUUAUUCAUUCAAAUAAACGUAAGAGCAUGGUAAGUAUCAAAACAGUUAACCCUCUUGACUCAAUAGUGCUCUCACAGCACAGCCUUGAUCUGUCACUCACACUAGGACAAAGACAGUCAUUUAAAGCUGCCUCUGUGCUCACUCAACAGCACCUUAAGAUUAGGAAACAAAGUACCGCAGACACUGGUGGCAUGAAAAUGAGUCAUUGUGAAGAGUUUCAGCAGUAAUAGCUGUAAUCACUAUCAAUCUGCCAGCAAAUUGGCUCUGCUUCCAUGUCUCGCAGUAGUUUUAAUGCACAUCUGUACACUUCGGCAUCUAAAUAAUACAGCUGAAAUUGUCACACAGCAAUAUAAGUGUCAAUUUGUCAAAUCAGUCCAGUUGAAAGCUAUCGUUUAUCCUCAACUUUGCAUACAAACCUAAAAGCCAUUCCAAGCCAACAAAUUGUUUUAAAAGCCAACUGGUCCCAUUCAGUGUCCUAGAGUGAGUGAAUAUUUCUGAGAAACUGUUGUAUGACUGGGGGUGUAAAGUGGAAAAAGAAAAAAAAAAUACUCUAAAGCCAUGCGGGUAACACGAAGCUAGAUAACAAGAGUGCCUAAUCGGACCCAGUAAUCAGUAAGAACAACAUCUGGAGGCAAGAGACGACUUCAUUCACUCCCACCUUCUCUUGCUUGAGUACCUCUCUGCAGGAAAAGAAAAAGCUAAGGAUUUAGCCUAGGUCAUAUAACUUCUCAUUCACUAAAACUAAUGUGCACUUCUCUCUGUAAUGCUGUGUAUUGUUCAAAAGCACCAUUCAGUCCAAACAGUCACAAGAAACAGAUUCUGUGUCAGAGGUCUGAUCAGCCUCUGUUGAGUAAAACGUCAGAUCAGAGUCGGUGAAGCAUGAAGGAGCGAAUGGACUUCUCUGGUGUGUUAACGAGGACUUGUUGAUCUGCAAGCCUGUCUGAAGAGUUGGAUUUUUAUCGCUGCUAGGUCUGAAGAGAGAAAAUCCCUACGACCCUUUUGGAAGCUAUGGGCUCUUCUUAAAGAAUUACCAAUGACAGAAGGAACCCUGGGACACAGGACCCCUUUUGAUAACAGGGUAGUUCCAGCAUGGUCUUCCCCCUGAAAAAAAAAAAGAUUAACCACGUUCACAGCUCACUGCAAACCUCUAUGCCGAGUUAGUCCAGGGUGAGCCAAGAACCAGAGACUCACUCGGAUUUCCUUUAGACAUUCUGUUUUUCUGUGUAACUCACCAAAGGUCUCAAGAGCUCAACUGCAAGAGGUGGAAACCAGUUGGUAAAGCAAAAUAAUCCAUUAUUUCCUACAGCACAACAAAGCAGUGACAUCACUAUUUGAACUAGUUGCUCCUUUUAAGUAGAGAUGCACCAAGAAAUUGACUGGUGACAGGAAGUGGACGGUUUUCAGCUGGAUUGGCCGAAACAGAUGACCAGCAACUGGAAACUCGAAAAUUCUGAUCACUUUCUUAUCACUGAGUAAGCACUAGUGGCUUACUGCUGCACUAGCAAGAACAUUUAAUAGUGUGGAUGCUGUUACUGAGUGAAGAAGACUCAAAGUUAGGUUCACGUUUAAAAAAACAGCACAGAAGCUACUUAAAAAGAAAUUAGUUUUGAGACAUGUCUGUAGUUCUUUCAGGUUGCAAGAAAGGGAGCAAGUUUGAUUUUUAGCUGAUAACAGGAAGUCUGAGUUCAGCACAAUUGCUCCGUUCUAUCCCUUGAAACUUCCUCAUUCUUCUAUGGAACAUGCUGGAUUUGAAAAUGUUGGUAGCCUUUUGGAAAUCUCAAAGUUAAAGGGAUAGUUUGGAUUGCUUAAGCAAAGUUCUGUGAACUUAUCAGUAACAGCUGUCUUUUCUGCUGCAGACAGAUGUCAUUUCUCAGAUUUGUAAAAAGUUAAAUCCUCAAAGCGAAUCAGAUUAACUAUCUGCUUAUACCUAUUUUGGCCAUUUAAAAUAACUCAAACUGAAAAUGUUCACAUCUAUGUGACACAGUUCUGUUGACUGUCUACACUUUCGCAACACUGUUGUUGAAUCUGUUGCAGUUUUCUUAGCUGAUUGACGUCCAUAUCACUAUGCUAAAGUUACCUUAAUAAAGACUGUCAGCUGUAUCAAUCUGCCUCAUCUACUGCCACUCACAAAGGCCCUGGCAUGGUUCUCCAGAUCCAUGAACUUGAACUGCUUGGACGUCGUGAACCCCUGAUCUUGUCAUUUUUUGCUCAGCUGAACGACCAUGUUCCAACUAAAGAUCUGGAGUCUCAUUGUCCUGUGAUGAGCUGGACACAUGUCUAGGGUGUACUCAACCUCUUGCUCAUUGACCACUGGUUAUAAUCACUGUAUUAUUCUGAUCGGUGCAUCUCUACUUAUGACCAAACAAUGACUAAGCUUAAAAAACAUUACAAUCAUAACAGGCUGUUACAAAAAGCUCCAAAAUGUGUGGUCCAGUUUGCAGACUACCUAUAGGAACUGGUUUGUAGAGGAAUCCAAGGGCAGGGACUAUAAUUGUACCCCGCUUGUGUGUUUUUCCAGCUGAGCCCCACCUUUUCAUGUCUAUCUUGAUGUCAGGACAUUCAGUGGCCUGUUACUAUAGUGUCACUGUCCUGACAAAUAAGAUUCUAGGCCCCUAUACCAGUGAACUUUGUUUGUGCUGCUGUAAAUCAAGAGGUGAUGUAAAUUGUGUCUGUUUAUUCUCGUGAGAAUGAAUUUUGUAAUAAAACAAAAAUAAAUAAAAGGGAAGAAAAAGUGGAGAAGUGACACUCUCUGUCACAUCUCACUUGUUCCUAUAAAAAAUGUACAGAGAGCUAAAGGCUGGAACUUUGUUAUUUUUAUAACAUUCUUAUAAUCGCUUAUUUGUUUGGAUUUCACUCUUUUUGUCUUGCUGAGUCACUCAAGAUAAACAACACACUGCACUGUCCUACGUGCUUCUCCUCCUUAUGUCUUUCCUUGCUUUCCAUUUGUCAUUCUCCUUCUCCAUCUUUCCUCCUCCUUGUUUCUCUUUACCGUCUCAUCUUCCUCUGCUGCCGUUCCCUCUUUUCAAUGAGCACACACAGACACACACACAAGCACACACACACACACACAUAUACACAUACACACACAUGUCUGUGUAUUAUUUUCCUCUACUUCUUUGUGGAACCCAAAUGUUUUCUAUGUGGUUAUCAAACAAUGCCAGACUGAAGCUGUUUAUAAAUAACAUUAAACAGAUAGUGUCCUCAAA